CCGUAAAUUUUUUCACUCCAGUGACUGUAUUUCCCUCAUCGUCGGCUGGCAUCGCGUCGGUGGUUAAUUUCGGCUGUUUUGUUUGUAUAUUUUCCUUUUGUUUUGUUUUUUUUUAAGAAAAAAAAAACCCAAAACAUUUAAAUACACAGGGAGUUACUCCGUAAAGCGAGACAGUAAAUUUUGCCAAAAAUGUUGGAGAUUGAGCUUCCUAAAAUGCUCCCGUGUCAACAGGAUAUGGAUCUGAUUGAUAUCCUGUGGAGGCAGGAUAUAGACCUGGGAGCAGGCAGAGAGGUGUUUGACUUCAGCUACAGGCAGAAGGAGGUGCAGUUGCAGCGGCAGAAGGAGCUGGAGGAAGAGAAGAGACAGCAGAUCGUGAGAGAGAAAGAGAAGGCGCUUCUCGCCCAGUUACAGCUUGAUGAGGAGACAGGAGAGUUCGUGCCUCGUCCCACGCCUGUCAACAACACUUUGACACAGGCCAACACUGCACCUACUGAGAUCACACAGAAUGUGGCGUUCACGGAACAAGAUGGAGAAGCCAUGUCAUUUGACGAAUGCAUGCAGCUUCUGGCAGAGACGUUUCCUCUAGUGGAGCCAGCAGAGGCUGCUCCUCCUUGCAUGGGUCCCUCCAUUCCUCCCUGUACAGACAACACCCAUCUCAUGAUGCCUGGAGAAAUACCCCUGCUUACCCAGAAUCCCCUGCUGCCAGGACCUAUGGACCAGACCUGGAUGGAUCUGCAACACUGCCUGAACAUCCAGGAGAUCCUGGAUAUGUCUGGUUAUGUAAACCCAGCCCAGCCUGCUAAUGUACAGGAGUCCAACUACAGCCAGUAUCUGCCUAAACUAAGUGAUGUCACCACUGGGACUGCCGAUAUGUGCCCUCCGAAGUUCAUGAACACCUACGAUGCUGCUUUCAGCAACGUUAAUCAGAUAAACUUGAAAACGCCAGACAUAAACGAAAGCUUUGGACCAGAUGAAUUCUGCGACAUGUUCUACCCUGAUCUGGAGGCUAAAGUGAGCAGUGCAUCUCUUCCAUGUGAAGGGGGAAACACAGAAGGACAGUUGGAUGAGCUCCCAAAUGCUCCUUUGCUCAAUCCCAUGGACAUGCACAGCCUGUCUCCUGGAAAUUUCAGCACAGAAAAAAAUGAAGAUAUGGCUGAAUUCCCAGAUUCAGAUUCCGGUUUGUCUCUUGAUGCCAGUCCAAAAAUGAGCUCUCCUGGGAAGUCCCUGAACAGCGAUGGUGGUGUUGGAUUCAGUGACUCUGACAUGGACGAGCUAGAGAGUGGUGCUGGGAGCAUGGAAUCUGAUUAUUCUGAUAUGUUUCCCCUGCUGUUUCAGAGUGACAGCCCUCAACAGUCACUUCAGGAGAAUUCUGGUGUAACUCUGGCACAAGAGGAUACUGUUAAACAUCCAAAGACAGAGCAGGCAGAGGCGAGUGGAUACUCCAAGCCACCCUUCACCAAAGACAAGCAGAAAAGGCGCUUAGAGGCGAGGCUCACGCGUGACGAGGAGAGAGCAAGAGCCUUGAAGAUCCCAUUCGCCGUGGAGCUGAUCAUCAACCUGCCAGUGGACGACUUUAACAGUUUGAUGGGCAAGCAUCAGUUGAACGAGGCACAGCUCGCACUUGUGCGUGACAUUCGCCGGCGUGGCAAGAAUAAGGUAGCAGCUCAAAACUGCCGCAAACGCAAGAUGGAGAAUAUCAUGGGCCUGGAGUAUGAGCUGGACUCGCUCAAGGAGGAGAAGGAGCGUCUGAUGAAGGAAAAGAGCAAAAACAGCAGCAGUCUAAGGGACAUGAAACAACAGCUCAGCUCGCUGUAUCUGGAGGUGUUCAGCAUGCUGAAGGAUGAGCAGGGGAAGCUCUAUUCCCCCAGCGACUACUCCCUUCAGCAGACAUCGGACGGCAACGUCUUCCUUGUCCCACGCAUUAAAAAGACUCUUGUUAAGAGCAACUAGCACUUUUUCUGCUUCUUCUCAUUAUUGGUACUACAUAAUUCUGUAGCUAAGUACUAUGCAAAAGAAGAAAACAAACAAAAAAUACAUUUUAGGCAUUUUUGCUUAAUCUUUAGCAUUAAAGAUGGCAGAACUAUUAUAUAGUUUUUGCUUAUUCUACUUUCUUAAUAUUCUUAAUAUCUCCUAUAUUUUGUACUUCUUUAUACUUUAUCGGAGAAUGUUUUAUCUUAAUGGUUUGUAAAUACAUUUAUAUUUUAUUUGCUAUUGGAAUACCAAACAACUUACUGUAUUGUACUGUUUUAAAAUGCUACUAAUUGUGUUGCGAUCACUGGCACUCAGAAAAGUCUGUUUUUAUAUAUUAAUUUAAAAUUCUAUUGCAUUAUCUCUUGACUUAGUGCUUUAUAUAUAUAUAAAAAAAAAAAAAAAUAAACCAUUCAUUUAAUUUUA